AAUUUCAGCAAAUUUCAUUACGUUUUCAGCAAAAUUUUUCCAUCUGGGAGGGUAUCACUUUCCCCACCCGUCUUCCUCGUGCAUUCUCUCCGCGGAAGUGGGACAUCGAGCCACGUGUCACUUCCACUUUUACCACGGUAGACGCUUCUCCCGUGUUUCGCGCACGCGGGAGAUACCGUACAAGACAAUUUAGGAGAUGCCAAAUGCGAAAAUGUUCGCGAGGGCAACGUUUUACCCAUCCUUGCUUUAUAACGUCGUCAUGGAGAGGAUCACGGCUCGGAAUUGGUACGAUCGAAUAGACGAGACUGUCAUACUGGGCGCCUUGCCGUUUCGGCGAACGACUCAACAGUUGAUCGACGAUGAAAAUAUCAAGGCUGUCGUGUCCAUGAAUGAGGAUUACGAGUUAUCUAUGUUGUCCAACACGGAGAAGGAGUGGCGCAGGCACGGCGUACAAUUUCUGCAGUUGUCCACGACGGACAUCUUUCAAGCACCGUCUCAGGAAAAGCUGCAGGACGGCGUAAACUUCAUCAAUAAAUUCCGCAACGUAUCGAGUAAAAAGUUAGGCGAGGCAGGUGUCGUGGACGGUCACGACCAACCUGGCACGGUUUACGUUCAUUGCAAAGCAGGAAGAACGAGAAGCGCGACAUUGGUUGCGUGCUAUUUAAUAAUAAAAUUCAACUGGACGCCCGAGGAAGCGGUCGCUUAUAUGCGAACGAAGAGACCACACGUACUGCUCCAUACAGCCCAGUGGUCUGCGCUGAAGCAGUUUUACACGAGACAUGUACGACCUGCAUCUUAGCUACAAUUUUUUUGUACAUUAUACUGGAUGUUGUUUAUACCGAAUGUGGGAAAUAUAAAUGUGAGGACUGAUUUCGAUACUACGCUAAAUGUAUGUGCAUGUCCGUUCGAUUAGAAAAAAGCGUGGAGAUAAAA